UUUUGUGUUUUUCUCUCAACUGCCUUCACUACAUCUUCACAUAUUUACAGGAACUUAAUGUUAGUCUACAAGUAUUUUUUUCUGUGCGCACUCUCCGGGAAAAAGAAAACAAACAAGUCUGAUUGAAGGGGUUACUCAUCCAGGAUGAGUGUCUCGACCAGUCUCGACCUCCAAAAACAUUGUUUACGUGCCAAACAUUCCUUCUUCCUUUUCUACCGUUCGACGCUGUCAAAAAUAGGUCUACGGAAAGCCCAAAACGAUCCUAAAUUAGUCUGACGCAGCAUGUUGCUGUGACAGCUGGCAUCGGCUACGUACUGAGGAGCUCCACCUACUCCGCGGGACCAUGUGUUCCUCAACGGCUAUUUGUUAUGUUAGGAGAGAGCGGAGAGAGCUAUACAGCUGCGUUUUAAGACGGGAUCAGUCAUGCGAGACAAAAGAAUUUGCAAUUGGCUAUGCGGCUGGCACGUGCGAAGUCUGUGGUUUUACGGAAUAUCCUUUUGCUUCUAUAACAAUUUACAGUAGACUUAUGGUAUUGCCUCGUUCAUUAACCUUUAGUGUGACUGAAAAGAAAAUUAAGCAACGUUACAUCUGCGUCCGUUUGAGAUCUUGAGGCAGGUAGAUGUUUUGACCAGUGCGCACAGCACGUUCAGGAUGGGCAAGCGGGAAGCUCGCGGAAACCACCACGGCAUCAGCGUAAUGAACACUGAAGACCGGUUUGAACUGGAGAAUCUACAGAACUCCGCAGCUACUGAAACCGGCAAUGAUGAUUCAGGGUCCUCAAAUCUGAACAGCCAUCCUCUCCUGAUCCGCGACAAGCGGACAGGGUCAACCAAGGAUAGUGUUUCUAUGGACGGCCCACAUCAGCAGGCAGGACCGGUGGAAGUAAAGAAACACCAACAUAAACAUAACUUAAAGCACCGUUACGAAGUGAUGGAGACGCUGGGGAAAGGCACCUACGGGAAAGUAAAGAGGGCGAUGGAGAGAACGACCAAGAAGACCGUGGCCAUUAAGUCUAUUCGUAAGGAGCACAUCAUCGAUGAUCUAGACAGAGUCCACAUCCAGAGGGAGAUUGAGAUCACCUCAGCCCUUAAACACCCCAACAUUAUCCGCUUCCAUGAGGUGUUUGAGAGUCGCGAUAAGAUAGUGAUAGUGAUGGAGUACGCCAGCAGAGGGGAGCUGUAUGACUAUGUCCACGAGAGGCGGAGGCUGUCAGAGACAGAGGCCAGAGACAUCUUCAGACAAAUAACCUCUGCCGUGCACUACUGCCACAAGAAUGGUGUUGUUCAUCGAGAUUUGAAGCUGGAGAACAUUCUACUAGACCAGGACCUGAAUGUCAAGCUGGCUGACUUUGGGCUUUCCAACCACUUUAAGAGGGACCAUUUGCUUGAGACAUACUGUGGGAGUCCUCUAUAUGCCUCCCCGGAAAUCGUCAAGGGACAGCCAUACUGUGGUCCAGAGGUGGACUGCUGGGCCAUGGGAGUCUUGCUGUAUGCGCUGGUGUAUGGCAGCAUGCCAUUUGACGGGGCCAGCUACAGAGCUCUCACAGAGCAGAUAAGCCAGGGCCGCUACCGCCGACCUAACCCGCCCUCUGACGCCUGUGCCCUGAUAGACUGGUUGCUGACGGUCCGUCCGGAGGAGAGGGCCACGGUUGAGGACGUAGCCGGCCACUGGUGGGUCAACUGGGGCUAUGAGGGCAGCGUGUGCGACUGCCCCUCACCCCCCCUCCAGGACUGCCCCUCCCCGAUGCUCGCCCGCUACAUCGACUGGCAGAGCAGGGUGGCCGCUUCCUCCCACCCGUCAUCUCACCCCUUCUACUUCAGCUUCCCCCUGAAGUGGGAUCGGGUGGGAGGGUUGAGGUCCAGGGGGGAGAGGUCCAGUCUGAGGAAGUCACGGAAGGAGAACGCCAUCCACCAGAGUGCGAUUGGCACAUGCAGUCCAACUCCCUCCGCCUCCCACAGCACCUUUCCUUCCUUAAGCUCACUGGACAGGAAGAAACCGAAGGGGAUUCUGAAACCCCAGCGGAGCUUUGAUCUGCCGUUGUUCACCUCUUCUAGGGUGAUGGUGGACCCGUCCUCAACCUCUCAGUCCUGCAACGUGCCUCCGCUGCUUCAGACAGCCAACACACACACUCACACAGACUCCCACAGUGACGGCCAGGCCGCAAGCCUUCCUGUCCCCUGCACAUACUCCCAUUUCUCCUCCAAGACGCCCAAGAAAGGGAUCCUGAAAAACCUGAAUUGGGGUGAGUCCGGUUACUGCUCGUCCCCAGAGAUAUUGGGGUCCGGAGAGGGCGCGUCAUCAGGAGAUAGAGCGGUUGAUGGAGGCAUGUCCUGCUCCCCUGAGGCCCAGCUUCGCCCCCACAUUUUGGAGAACAGUCCGACCCUGCAGACCGAGGCGGUUCGGAGGAGGAAAGGUAUCCUGAAGCGCAACGGCAAAUUCUCUCGUAGCCUGGACCUCCCUGACACCCUUCACACCUCAUCCUCAGCUUUGCCCCGCUCCCCCGACACGCUUCAGUAUCUCCUCCAGGCCUCUGGGGACAGCAGGCCCCCCAACGCGUUGAGCGACGAUAGCCUCUUCUCCUCCGACUCUUUUGACCUGCUGGACCUCAGCGCCCAAUCACGUCGCAGGAUCUUCUCCCGGGCCACCCAAGUCAGUGCCUGCAGCUCAGAGGAACUUGACGACUCUUCGCCGGGGGUGGGUGACAGGAUUGGUUCAGGUAGAGGAUGGGGGCGGGGCAGAGAGGAAGAAGAUGAGACGUAAGUGGGGGAGAGACAGGACAUUUUGUCUUUGGCAUCCAACACAAACCAUGAGGUUAAGUCGUACAACUGCAACUCACUGUGGUUAUUUGUUGAAGUGCAAAAUUGACAAGAAAUCGAACAUUUCGUUAAGGUCUGUUCUAUAAGGGAUUGUUUUUAAACGUUAAAACUGUGAUUGAGGCAAUCCCCAAAUCUGAUGAAUUUCCUCCAUAUGAAACCAUCUCAACGCUGGAAAGAGAGACCUUGUGUCAUGUCUGGGGACAGUAAUGAGAAGAGUUAAAUCCGGUUCAGUCGAUUCGGUUGAUUCAAGCAUGCCGUUUUUCAGCACCUGACUUGUGACUUUGAUUUUAGCCAAUUAUUCAGAAUAUAACAUACACAUAAUAUAUGUCACCUUUGAUGAAAUUAUCUGCUAAAUGUUGAUGCAGUGUUGGUAUACAUUUUUUCCUGGGGCACCCAAUUGGCAUAACAGUGGAUUUGAAAUUUUUCUGUCAGACGACACGUUUCAUCUGAUUUUACUGAUAGUACUGAUUUCUGAUUUACUUUCUGCCUCAGGUCUUUAUAACUGUUCACCAUAAGUCUGUCAUGUGUCUAUGAAAUUUGAAUCUUCUGGUCAAACAGACUGGGAGAACACAUUAGCCUUGAAUCUGGGAUCUAUAAGCUGGAAAGGUGUUGGGGAUUGUGAUAUGGCAUAGAGACAGUUACAUCAAGGGGGCUAUGCAUUUUUGGUGUAUUUUUGCCUGUUCAACCAUUUUGCUACUGUAAAGUAAAACAAAUAAUUUGAUCAAAAUGAAUACUGGUCUUUUUGUCUGGGAUUAGGCCUACUGCUAGUCCAACCAAAAAGCACUGUAAUUUUCUCUUGCAGGAAAGGAAUUUGGUAUUAUCUUGUGUCUUUAGCUGGCACUUUCACACAGAUGUCUAGAGUCUAAAAAAACAUGGCAAAUGAGAAGAGAUGACAGAUUAAACAAGCAUGUUCUGGAGACAAAAAGACAAGUUUUUAAAAAUAACUCCUUUAUAAUAUCAACAUUCUAUCUAAUUCUGAACAGAACACCCAUUUUUUUUAAUAAAAUGUUUCUGUUCAUAGUCCUUUUGCCUGGAUUUGACCAUGACUGGUGAAAUAUUCUGAAUAAACGGGGAGCUUGUGUUUA